AGAAAGUCAUUCAGUUUUCGAAUGACAUGAGUGGGAGUGAAUGUAAAUACAUAAACGAGUGUAAGACUAUCCAGCAGGCUUGUCAGGGAGAGAUGAAAUGCUUUAAUCACUAUGGUGGUUACCUGUGCCUUCCUCGCUCCGCCUCUGUGAUCACCGCACUUGAGCCCUCCAGCCAAUCAGAGCCCAGUGUGCCUGUGGAGAGUAAUGAGGCCUUUAACCCCUGUCCCGUAGGCUUCAGGGCCCAAGGAGAUACCUGUGUGGACAUUGAUGAGUGUGAAUUGGACAUGCAUGACUGUCAGCCCAGCCAGGAAUGCAUCAACACUGUGGGAACCUACACCUGUCAGUGCCCUCACGGCUACAGCAAGACUAGCAUAGAGUGUGUGGAUAUCGACGAGUGCAGGAACAGGUACUGCCAGCAUCGCUGUGUGAACGUGCCAGGAUCUUUCUCUUGCGAAUGCGAGCCUGGCUUCCAGCUGGCGGGAAACAAUAGAUCCUGUGUUGAUGUAAAUGAGUGUGAGAUGGGAGCACCUUGUCAGCAAAGGUGCUACAACAGUUACGGUACGUUCCUGUGUCGCUGUGUUCAAGGCUAUGACCUGGGACCUGAUGGCUACUCAUGCAAUGAUAUUGAUGAGUGCAGCUAUUCCAGUUUCCUUUGCCAGUUUCAGUGUGUGAACGAGCCUGGAAGAUUCUCCUGUGUUUGUCCAGAAGGCUACGAGCUAGUUGGAACACGACUCUGCCAAGGUACUGAAACAAAAUCCCCUUUAUGUGAGUCAGGCGCUUAUCUGUGUGGCGAGGGACAGGCCUGUGUGAACAUCCAUGGUGGACAUAAGUGUGUCAGCUCCAACCGCUGCCAGGACCCCUACAUCCAGGUCUCAGAGAAUCGUUGUAUAUGUCCGGUGGUGAAGCCAGGGUGUCGUGACCUGGCCUUCUCCAUUGUGCAUCGAUACAUGAGCAUCACCUCUGAGCGCUCCGUUCCCUCCGACGUCUUCCAGAUCCAGGCCACCAGCGUCUAUCCUGGAGCCUACAACUCCUUCCGCAUUCGUUCUGGAGACGAAAAUGAAGAAUUCUACAUACGGCAAAUCAACAACAUCAGUGCCAUGUUGGUGUUGGCCAGAGCAGUGACGGGACCGAAGGAGUACUCCAUUUAUGUUGGGCCUCAUGCUUUCUGA